CAGCGGUCCCCCGCCCCCUCCCUCAGCCUCCUCCUCUCUCGCCUGCAGCCGAGCGUCCCCUUCCCCCACCGUCGGGUUUCUCCGCGGCUACUGCAGCGGAUUCCGAGCCGAGUAGCUGAGAAGGAGGAGGAGGCUCCCGUCCCUGCGCGCCAUCCACCACCCUACUGGACACGGACGAGGGAACGAGAGCGUCGCCGCGGUAGCCUCCGAAGCAGACAAGGGCACCGCCGCCUCAGCCGCCGCCGCCGCCGCGGUUUUCGCUUGUCGCAGCUCGCCGGAUCCUCAGUCUUCCACAAUGAACCCUGUUUACAGCCCCGUGCAACCUGGGGCUCCUUAUGGCAACCCUAAGAACAUGGCCUAUACUGAAGUUUGAAAGCUGUUCAUUUAUACCGUCAGAAAUAGUCCAUGAAGCCGGGCGGUGCCGCACACCUUCAACCCCAGCACUCGGGAGGCAGAGGCAGGCGGAUCUCUGUUACCCCACAGCCUACCCAGCAGCUGCCCCUGCCUACAAUCCCAGCCUGUACCCGACCAAUAGCCCCAGUUAUGCUCCAGAGUUUCAGUUCCUGCAUUCAGCUUAUGCCACUCUGCUGAUGAAACAGGCCUGGCCACAGAGCUCAUCGUCCUGCGGCACUGAAGGCACCUUCCACCUCCCAGUGGACACUGGGGCCGAGAACCGAACUUACCAAGCCUCCUCUGCGGCUUUCAGAUAUACUGCAGGGACACCAUACAAGGUCCCACCGACCCAGAGUAAUACUGCUCCACCCCCCUACUCCCCAUCACCCAAUCCCUAUCAGACGGCCAUGUAUCCAAUCAGAAGUGCCUACCCCCAGCAGAAUCUGUAUGCCCAGGGAGCCUACUACACACAGCCCGUGUAUGCCGCCCAGCCCCAUGUCAUCCACCACACUACAGUUGUCCAGCCCAACAGCAUUCCCUCUGCCAUCUACCCAGCUCCUGUUGCUGCCCCCAGGACCAACGGUGUGGCCAUGGGCAUGGUGGCAGGAACCACCAUGGCAAUGUCAGCAGGUACCUUGCUGACCACACCCCAGCACACUGCAAUUGGGGCACACCCUGUCUCCAUGCCCACGUACAGGGCCCAAGGAACCCCUGCAUACAGCUAUGUGCCCCCGCACUGGUAAAGCCUGCAACCUGUCCAAACCUGGAGUCACAUUGUAUGCAACUACUCAAGUCUUACACCGGUGCUGGAGCAGUCCCCUAGCAGCACCACCUCUAUUUGCAAGAAGAGACAACGGAAGUGCAAGGGUCACUUUAUGCAUCUUUAAUGAUUUUUAUUUUUAUUUUUGGUUUUUGUAAAAGCUGCUUUUUCUAAUCUAGGAGCCUCCCCCUCGUGCCUCCCUCUUAGCCACUGCCCUCCUGACUCUAUCCCCUCUUCCUACCUGACCAGGCCCAGUCCUCUCUGCACUUCUUUCCUGUCCCUGCAAUCCCAGUCUAGGAGCAGGCAGAGAGGGAGGUUUAUUGCAAUGGCUCAUCUAAAGGCUAUAUUUCAUUUGGAGAACAUAAUAGAUGUGGCCGUCAGGUCUGGGGUAGGAACUUGGAGCUGUUGAGAAGGCCACACCUCUGUCAGAUUGUCAUUUUGCUGAAGCAAGAUUACUUCAAAUACAAAGAAAUAUCUUCUAAGAGCCAUUGCAAAAGACCAAGAACAAGCCCACCUGGUUAUGUAGGAAUGUUGUCAGCAGCUUCACAACCCCAGGCCCAGAACCUGGGAAAGCAGAGAAUUUGGGGAAGGGUGAAGGGAGGGAGGAUAAUAGGGAAGUAGUGUGGAAAAGGGGCGAGAGGGUGCUCAAUUCUGGUUUGAAAGGUCUCUGGCCAUAUUGCUGGCCUGGACCUUCUGAUUUGCACAGUGAUGUUAGCUGACCUGGCACUUCCUCCAGAGAUGCUAUGACCUCAGACCUGCCAAACACUUGCAUGGUGGUGGGAUCCCAGCAUCCAGAGGCUUCAGAAAGCCAGGUGCCUGCAUAAUCCCACCUUCAGCCCGAACCUCAUGGACCCACUCGAGGGGCUUUCUCCUCAGAGAGUGGCAUUUCUCUCCCUUGCCCUUCUGCCCUUUCCCAGUGCCGGGGUGCACAUGUCUGUCCGUGGGGCCGGCAUGCAGGCCAAGCAGGCCAAGCUCUUGGUUACCUUCUGCCACUUCAAGGCCAAAGUGAAGGAACCACAUUCCAGGAGGGAGCUGGCGGUUCUGAAGGUCAGGAUAGUGAAGGAAAACAAUAGCAAUAAUCAUUUCAUACUCAUGGAACUGAAGGAACCUUAGCAUUCAUCAUCUCAUCCAUUCCCCUAUUUGACAGAUGAGGAAACUGAGGCCCAGAGAAGCAGAAGGACUUCUCUGAACCUUAUAGUAAAUUAGCAUUAAAUGCAGCCUUCCUAUUUACUGGCAUUUUGCCUACAAAAAUUUAGCAAGGGAUGGAUUGGCUUGGCUUUGUAAAAAUUAAGUCAGCAGUGUCCACAUCUAGUGAGCUCUGACCUCUGGGCUUCUUCCUGCUCUUUCCCUCAUGGACUCUAAAGGUGAGGGAUUGAAGACUAGGCAGAGGCCACAAAGGGCAGAGGGCAGGAACAGAAACUGCAUUUGGAAAGCCUGUGACGACAUCUGGAAUGUUUAUCCUGCACCUGACUCCACCUCUAGGAAAAAAAGCAAGUGGGCUGGCUGGAAGGGGCUGUGCACUUAGGAGAGUAGUCCUUUAUCCCAAGAAGAGAAGAAGAAUGGGAACCACCAAAAACGGAAGACCAAGCAGAUACAACCACAUCUGGGAGAAGAAGAGGGACCCCUGAGACAAGGAAGCCCUUCCUAGUCUCAGCCAGGAAAUGGAUUGGCCAGCCACCUUCCUGUGCCCAACUAGCCAAGCCAAUAGCCUCACUGGGUGGAAUAGGAGUAUCUUUCUGUGUAAAAUUGGUUCACUGGUAACACCUGAGACUCGAACUAUUUUCAUUUCAAAUUGAUGUGAACUUGAACAUCACCUUCCUCCUAUUUCCCGUGUUCCCCUGAAGGAAACAAAAAAAUGGAAGCCCUUGAGCUAGAAUGAGCUCAGAAACAGUCUGACUGUUUCCAGGAAUUCAGAGUCCAUCAGCAUCCAUGGCAGAGAGCCAGAAGUUAGGGCUCCUGCCUGCCCAGCCUUCUGGGAGCUUCAGGACCAGGAGAAGACACGGCUGUUCUGGGUACUGACAAGGUUUUCUUAUAAGACAAAGUUUUCCAUUGUUGGUCCGCUUUUUACAAUGCCUCCUUCUACCUUCAUUGGUUUUGUAGAGGUGGAUGAAGGUUGGUAUAGAUUAUGUCUUAAAUGUUUGAAAAAUGCCAAAAUAAUAAUGGUGGUAAUAAUUAUAGAAUACCUUCGCAUGUGUCAGGUGCUUCACAGAUGUUAAAGCAUUUCACGGCUGAUGCACUGGCCCUGAGGGUUAGCUAUCCCACCUACUUGACAAACGUGAAAACAGUUCUAGGAGAUGAAAUGGCCAGAAGUGAACUGUACGCUGGAAUCCUGGCAGGUUUCCUAGACCCAGUGGCCUUCAGAUGACCUGGUAGAAAAAAAGAGAGACCUAGGAAUGGCCUCUUAACAUUUGUUCUUUACACAUCAGUAAGUAAACACUGUGACCCUCGCAGUUCAUGGGGUGUGUCCCUGAGAUGAAGGCAUGAUGCCUGCUGUUUAAUUCAUAGAGAAUCCAAGACUCAGAAAAGUCCCAUGUGUGACAUUCUGGUAAGGAAUCCCCUGCUGGCUGUAGUCUCUCCAAGCCUGAUCCACACAUGGGCUCAUGUUCUGAAGCAUCUAUGCUCUGUACCUCAUAUUAGACCUAAUCUGUGGAUUCAGGAUCAGAAAGACCCCAAGGUGAAAACCAAGUGUUGACAUGCUGUAGUACAGAGAAACCAGACCAGUUAACCUUUCUCAGUAAGAGCACAAGAGCCCCAGUUCAGCUGGCCUCCUGCUUUUGUUUGACAGAGAUCAACAAGCCUGGCCAAGCUUAAGGAGGGAACCAUGGCAAACAGGCUGAACCCCAGAACGCAGUGUGUGUGUACCUUGGGUUAGGUGAACACAGCUCUAGCAAGGGUGCCCUAGGUAUCAUUUGAGGAUUCUGGAUGGCCCUAGUGGUCAAGAUAGAUGAGGCCAAAGCUGUAAGGGGCCCCUUAUCAUAGGACAAGGCACACCGGCAUCAACACACACACACACACACACACACACACAAGGCGCCGCGCACCUUGUUGACACACCUCCCUCUCCCAAUACAAAGCUGAGGUAGAGGUGGAUCUGUUCACCAGCCUUCCUUGGUGCCAUCUGAUCAUCUUCAUCGGUCCUGGGCCAGAAAGUUUGGGUCUGAGAACUGGACUACUCCCAGUGAGUAAAAGCCUGCAAGUCUCUUGCCAUGCUUUCGAAACAAGUUCUUCCUAUGAGAUAAAAUUCUUUUUCCUUCUUGAUAUCCUGACAUUGACUCUGAAGUGCAUACCCCUCUUCCCUGAGUAUUCAUCAGGGACACACAAUCUAUCUGUCCAGACCUUUUUGUACAUAAAGUACUUUGACACUGAUUGCCAAAACCUCUAGAUUUUGAGACCUUAGAGAUACGGGCGGGGGUCAUCAUGUUCUGAAGGGAUGAGAGACUUGCCAGAGGACACAUAGCUCAUAAGUACAAGAGCCAAGACUUGAUCCUCUGUUCUUCUGCUGCCUCCUGCUGGGUCUCGAGUGUAAGCAUGCUUGAAGAAGGAAAGGACUAUGUGUGCCCACAGAGGAAGUGUUUAUGGAGACUUGGGGGAGCUCCCAUUUUUCAGCUGAGCAGAUUUUUGAGAAUUUCUUCUUUAGGCCGAGACUUGUAUGGGCCCUGGGAACCUAGAGGUAGUAGUUCCAGCAGAGAAGUUGCCACAAAAGACCUAACUCAGAACACCAAAGGUGACACUGCCCAGUACUGAAGAUGAUUGGGGACGGAAUCAAGUAUCUUUGAGCAAGGAGUCUUGCUUCUGAGAAGCCUGCAUGUUGGCUCUCUUGACUCCUAUCCAGAUCCAACAAGGCAGUUCAAGGGGACAUGGCAUAAGUGUGAACUUCUGAAACACAUUCGACUGGAGUCCUCAUGCUUGCUCCUCCAGUGAGAACCAGGUCCUAGAAAGGCUAACUAGGCUCCAUAUGACCCAGUAUUUCCUAGCCAUCUAGAUGGUUCCAUGGUUGAGACCUAGAGGUUUCUUUGGAAGGCUUGAUGCUCUGUCCUGAAUAGCCUUCAGAAAUGAGUCAUGGGGAGCAUCAGAGGAUAAGUCUCACGGUCACCAGUUCUGGCAUCAUAUUGUGCAGACAUGACAAGUCAAACAAGGCACAUCAAGUAUCUUGCCCUGCUCUGGCUGGAUCCAUCAUUAUUAUCCCAGGUGUGACUCAUUCAGCGAGCUCUGCCUCUCCAUCUUGUGUUAAUCAUAUCACUGCUGAUUAUGUGGCCCCCAUACUUGUCAAACUUGGGACUCUAGAGAAGGGCAGCCAGGGUCGGAAUGGACAAAGGGGAACAAAUCAAUGAAGAAACUUAGCCAGGUUCUCUGGUCAGGUGACACCUGAGCCUCCAGACAGAUUUCUACCCUAUUCCCUCUCCUAGAAAAAGCACUCGUGAAUUUGGUAUUAUGUGGUUCCAGAACUCAGUCUUUGACAUUCCCAGCAGGCCAACUCCAACAUUCCAUGGCCAUACUUGGGUCCCAUUCCCUCAGUUUCUCCAGCAGGUAUUUCUUAAUUUAGAAACUGUUGAUGCCAGUCAGAAAGCCAGCCAAGAACACAGGAGUUAAAACUGGUUGCCACAGAGCCAAAGAGGGACAUAACAGCACCUGCUUCACUGUGGCUGCUACAUCAGUAGUCCUUAGGUAUCCCUGGUGUGGCAGUGUGUCCCUUCAUCCAUUCCAGCCUGAGAACAGAUAAAGCAGCUUUACAGAUAGCAGCCCACAGGAAUCAAGUGAGUGAAAUCUGCUUUGGGCUAAACCCAGCAUCCUCUAUCCUUGACCCCAGCUCAGCCAUCCUCCGCGUGCGCGAAAAUCAAACUGAAGAAUAGGACUGGCCCAGAGACCUCAGGUCAGCCAGAACCACUGCAUCUGUCUUGUGAACCAUGCUCCUUACAAGGUGAGGCAAGACUACGCCUCUUGCACCUUGAAGUUGUCUUUAAUCUUUGAAGGCCCAGGGCCUGUCCCCUUCCUGUCUUCAAGGCAUCUGAUCCCUUUCAUAUCACACGACAGAGAAGCUUGUUCUCAUGGCAUGUAACAUCCCUGCGGAGAGCGUUGUGUAUGAUUUUGUAUUUUUUAUUCAUUUUAACCUACAGGUUGGAAUCUAAUUUUUAAAUUUUAUUGGAACUCACAUUUUAAAAAUAACAUUAAAAAUAAUAAUUAUUAUAAUAAUAAACCUUUGACCGGUGUCUUCCAAGUAGCUUGAUCAAAUAAUUUAUAGGCGUGUUCAGAGCCUGGAGGUAAAAACUGGAAAGCCCUGUGGCCACACUUGUGUGUGUGAAGUGUACAUCUGGCUUUGUUGACUUGGAUUCUUUUGAGUUUUGCUUUGUUUUGAAGAUCAGCUAGUGAUCAGUCUGAGAGGUUGAAGCCAAGAGUUUGUAACUAUAUGAUAUUUACUGUAAGCUGUAGAACAUUCAACAACUAUUAAAAAAUGUUUCCAAAAAAAAAAAAAAAAAACCCCAA